AGAUCGAGGUAAAACACACCCGAUUUUACUCAAUGUGUAAGAAAAGAACGUUUCUUUCGAAUGUCUAUUGUGCAUCGGAGAUAACCCUGGAAUAACUUCCAAAGUUUGGUUGGAAUUUGCCACCAUUUUCGUCACCACCACCAUGUCCGAAAAGCUUGCAUGUCCUCGGCCAUAUCUGCAGCAAAUGUCAAAAACAUAUCCGUGACGAAGCAGCUAGCACCUCCUUCCAGUUUAAAUGACUGCAACAUCUAAGCCUUUUGGAAGUUUGCAGGAGUUGCUUUAAGGAAAAGGUCCAAUCUCUCCACUGGAUUUCCACUAAAAACAUGAUUUGCGGGCACACCAUCCUCCACAUUUUAAGCUCUGAUAUUAUUCGGGAUAUCAAGUUUAAAAGUUGAAAACAUGGAAUCAUUAGACUUCGCUAUGGUUAGGAAAGAAAACUGCACAUUCGGAGCUGCACAAGCUAACCUGCACGCCAGUCUUAGGAUGGUUAGAUCGUGACUGCCAAAUGGGAAGGCCAAGAUGGCAACAUGUUCUUUUAAGCUUUGGGUCGGUAGCAUUUAGGAACCCUAUUUUUGACUGAUGGAGAAAAACAUCUGGGCAGUUGCCGAGAAAUAGGAAUUUGGAGAUUGAAUAGCAAAAGCUUUAAAAUAAAAAUAAAGGGCUAAAAUCCAUAUCCAUGAAUGGUACAAGAUCUUUUAGCAUAUUUUAACCUUUAUUUAUUUAUAACAUAAAUACCAAAAUUAGAACUUCAUAUUGAUUUCCCGAAGCAUGUGAGAAUGCAUAGCUAAAAUGAAUACCACACUAAUAAAUUAAUUAACAUAAUUCCCAAGCCACAAUUACAUAGUCUGCUUCAAGUUCAAUCAUACGAUCAAAGCUUCAAGAUCUCUUUUAUCUUUAGUACACACAAAGCAUUAGAAAAGAGAAAGAAAAAUAAAGAGUCAGUUCCAAAAUCUAGCUUGAUAGAAUUUUCAUAUAAAAUUCUGUAAAUCUUUUCAUCAAUCGAUCAAUCAUUGAAAUUCAAUGGCGGAAGAAGCAGCUGCAUCGACGCCGCCUCAAUCAUCCGCGGCUCCUUUGGGAUCUUCCGUUAUACCGAUAGUGAACAAGCUACAAGACAUCUUCGCGCAGCUGGGUAGCCAGUCCACCACAGAGUUGCCGCAGGUGGCGGUGAUCGGAAGCCAGAGUAGUGGCAAGUCCAGCGUACUUGAGUCACUUGUUGGCCGUGACUUCUUGCCUCGCGGCUCUGACAUCUGCACGCGCCGCCCUCUCGUCCUUCAGCUCCUCCAGACCAAGCGUAGACCUGAUGGUUCUGAGGAGGAGUAUGGCGAGUUCCUUCACUUGCCUGGAAAGCGCUUCUAUGACUUUUCUGAGAUUCGCAGAGAGAUUCAGGCUGAGACAGAUAGGGAGGCUGGAGGAAACAAAGGUGUGUCAGACAAGCAAAUUCGACUUAAGAUUUUCUCCCCAAAUGUUCUUGAUAUCACUCUUGUGGAUCAUCCUGGAAUCACAAAGGUUCCUGUGGGUGACCAGCCCUCAGACAUUGAAGCUCGAAUUAGAACAAUGAUCAUGUCAUAUAUUAAACAGCCAAGCUGUCUGAUUCUUGCUGUUACUCCUGCGAAUUCAGACUUAGCAAACUCUGAUGCACUUCAAAUUGCUGGAAAUGCUGAUCCUGAUGGUUAUAGAACCAUUGGUGUUAUUACAAAGUUGGAUAUAAUGGACCGAGGUACUGAUGCUCGUAACCUGUUGCUUGGAAAAGUGGUUCCUCUUCGACUUGGUUAUGUAGGUGUUGUAAAUCGAAGUCAGGAGGAUAUUUUACUCAACCGGAGUAUCAAGGAUGCCCUUGUUUCAGAGGAGAAGUUCUUCCGCAGUCGUCCAGUAUAUACUAGUCUAGCUGAUCGUUGUGGUGUUCCUCAAUUGGCAAAGAAGUUGAACCAGAUUUUAGUUCAACAUAUAAAGGCAAUACUUCCUGGCCUGAAAUCACGCAUUAGUUCUGCACUGGUUUCUGUGGCUAAGGAGCAUGCAAGCUAUGGAGAAAUUACAGAAUCAAAGGCUGGCCAGGGAGCUCUUCUCCUGAAUAUUCUUUCGAAGUACUGUGAAGCAUUCUCAUCAAUGGUAGAGGGGAAAAAUGAACAAAUGUCUACAUCUGAGCUGUCUAGUGGUGCAAGAAUUCAUUACAUUUUCCAAUCAAUUUUUGUCAAGAGCUUAGAGGAGGUUGAUCCAUGUGAAGACUUGACCGACGAUGACAUUCGAACUGCCAUCGAGAAUGCAAAUGGUCCUCGAUCUGCACUAUUUGUUCCAGAAGUUCCGUUUGAAGUGCUUGUUCGAAGGCAAAUAGCACGAUUGCUAGAUCCAAGCCUCCAAUGUGCAAGGUUCAUAUAUGAUGAGUUAAUAAAGAUGAUUCUUGUUAGCCAUCGCUGCAUGGUGAAUGAACUGCAGCGAUUUCCUGUUCUGAGAAGACAUAUGGACCAAGUUAUUGGGAACUUUCUCCGAGAAGGCCUCGAACCAUCUGAGACAAUGAUAGGACAUAUUAUUGAAAUGGAGAUGGAUUACAUAAAUACUUCCCACCCAAGUUUUAUUGGUGGGAGCAAGGCUGUAGAACUUGCCAAUCAGCAGAUAAAGAAUUCCAGAGUUCCUUUACCUAUCAAACCAAAGGAUGGUUCAGAGCCUGAUAAGGCUCUUACUUCUGAAAGAAGUAUUAAAUCUCGGGCUAUUCUUGCAAGACAAGUUAAUGGAAUCAUCGCUGAUCAGGGAGUCCGUCCUGUUGCAGAUGGUGAAAAACUUCCAUCUACUGGAAGCACAAGUAUUUCAACUUGGGGUAUUCCAUCAAUAUUUGGUGGCAGUGAUAACCGCACAUCAGUGAAAGAGAGCUCAACAAACAACAAGCCAUAUAGUGAACCUGUUCAUGAUACUGAACAUUCCUUUUCCAUGAUCCAUCUCAGAGAGCCCCCAACUGUAUUGAGGCCUUCAGAAAACCUUUCAGAAACUCAAGCUAUUGAAAUUGCUAUUACCAAACUGCUCUUAAGAUCAUACUAUGACAUUGUUAGGAAGAACAUAGAGGACUCUGUGCCCAAAGCAAUUAUGCACUUCUUGGUAAACCAUACAAAACGUGAACUUCACAAUGUCUUUAUCAAAAAGCUCUACAGAGAAAACCUGUUUCAAGAAAUGUUACAAGAACCUGAUGAGAUCGCUUCUAAGAGAAAACGUACUCGAGAAACACUCCGAGUUCUCCAACUGGCAUUCAGGACAUUGGAUGAAUUGCCAUUGGAAGCAGAAACAGUUGAGAGGGGAUAUAGUCUGGGUUCUGAUCCAACAGGGCUGCCGAAGAUUCAUGGACUGCCAACAUCAUCAAUGUAUUCUAUAAGUAGUGGUUCAAAUGAUUCUUACACAGCUUCUUCCAAAAACCUAAAACCUCGCAAGUCAGCUCACUCGGGGGAACUACAGUCACACUUGUAUGCCAAUGCAGAUUCAAAUGGAAAUGGGCGCCAUUACAUGCCAGGCCUCUAUCCCACAGUUGAUCUGUAAGCCAUUUGAACGUGAAACUGUGUAGGUUGGUCCAACUUUCUUUUACCAAAUAUGGAGGCAUUAUAUUCAUUUGAUUGCUUAGUCUAAUUUUUCUCCCUCAAGAUCUUCAGAACUCCUCCAACCAAAGCUGGCAUAUUGGUAAGUUGGUGUUAUUUCCUAGCUUUUAUGCAUUUUCUUUUGACACCAUAUAUUUCCUUGUUCUACUGCCAUAAUAUAGGGUUAUUUGCAUUGUUUAUCGCUCCGGGAAGAAUAAUGGGAGCGAGGAACUUGCUCUUUUUUUUGUCAGAAAUGAUAGUUUUCUGUUCCUAUAUCCAUUCUUUUCGCAAUCUCUUUUCUCUCCCCCAUUUGUUAACAUCAGGCAGUAAACACAGCCGACUAUUUGCGUGAUAAUGCAUUUGGAUCAAGAAUGUUAGCCAUGGAGUCUCUGUCCGUUGGCCUGCUGGUUGUUGGGUUUUGCCUGUAAAGAAACGGAUAAUUGCAAUUUUGGAUUCAAUAAUUUCGGCAGAACUUGUUGAAGAAUAAUAAUCAUAAAAGCUAUGAAAAUUACUGUUGUUUCAUUGUAAAAGUUUUAGAUUUUGCUGUCAUCCAACUUGUGCAUGAUCUGAAGACUGAAAUUUGCCCUCAUUUAUAUGGUUGUGGAUUUAUUUUUAUGAA